GGCUUAGCUGUUUAUCAUUUUGUUUCCGUUUUCUCUCUCUUGAGCCGACGGCCCCCCACUCUCUCUCUCUAAAAUAAUUCAAACAAAAUUAGCCAUAACAGAGCUAAAGACAAACCACGAAUACUCCAAAUUCUCAUAUACAUACAUGUGUGGAUACGUAUACGCGGAAUAGGGUCUUUUCUUCUUCAACUCUCAUCGAACUUAUUCCCAAUAUAAAUUCAACCAAUUUCCAAUCUGUCUCUCCAUUUCUCUCUCUCUCCUUGAUUGAUACAUGUACGCGUAGGUGGUGCGCGCACACACAUACACGCACAUAUGUCAACAGAUACAUAUAGUUAAUCCACUUCUGCUUCAAUUCACUUCAAUCCAGACAAGAAAAAAUGCCGGCUUGGUGGAGUAAGAAGUCUGGGCGGAGCAAAGAUUCGGAAAAUUCGGCGAAGAGCGCAUCCCUGAAGAAUGAGAAGAAGAGAGGGAAAGAGAUUGACCACAAAGUCAAAAGCUUGGACGAAGGUCUACUGCAGCAGCAGUCGAGAAAUUCGCCGAGAGUUAGCAGAGAAUUUUUCCCCGGGGUAAGAGAAUUGAGCGGCGGAGAUUCAUCGGGCUUCUCCGGGUUCGAUUCGGCGUCUUCGUUGGAUAAAGGGCAGCCGCAGCCGCUGCCUAGGCCGUUGGGGGCGUCGAAUGAUCCGGUUCAUGGAGUCGGGUCCGGAUCUGGAUCGGGUUCGGUUUCGAGCGUCAGCUCGUCUGGGUCGUCCGAUGAUCACGCUCACGUUGCGGCUGAUCAGGCUGCUUUUAGAGGACACGGGGGAGGCAGAUUGAGUCCUUUACUGAGGAGCCCGGGUCGAGGUUCCAGGUGCAAUACAACACCUGUAUCACCUCUUCAUGCACGGUUUAGUGGAAUGAGUUUGGACUCUCCGGGUGGGAAACUGGAGGAAGGGAAGAGUGAGUUUCAUAAACUGCCUCUUCCACCUGGUUCUCCAGCUAACUCUUCUGCGUUACCAACCCCGAGAAGUCCUGGCACAAAUGAAAGCUCAAGUUGUAAUUCUUCCAAAUGGAGGAAAGGAAAGCUUCUAGGAAGAGGCACUUUUGGUCAUGUUUACCUUGGCUUUAACAGUGAGAAUGGGCAAAUGUGCGCCAUAAAAGAAGUCCGACUUGUUUCAGACGAUCAGUCAUCAAAAGAAAGUCUCAAGCAACUGAAUCAGGAAAUAACCUUGCUAAGUCAGCUUUCACAUCCGAAUAUUGUUCAAUACUAUGGAAGUGAUCUGAGCGAAGAGAGACUAUCAGUUUAUUUGGAGUAUGUUUCUGGAGGUUCCAUCCACAAAUUACUGCAAGAAUAUGGUCCGUUUGCCGAACCUGUUAUACAGAAUUACACCCGCCAGAUCCUCUGUGGUCUGGCCUACUUGCACGGGCGCAAUACUGUGCACAGAGAUAUCAAGGGAGCAAACAUUUUAGUAGACCCAAAUGGUGAAGUAAAACUUGCUGAUUUUGGAAUGGCGAAACAUAUAGCUAACUGUUCAUCAAUGUUAUCCUUCAAAGGCAGCCCUUAUUGGAUGGCGCCUGAGGUGGUUAUGAAUACAAAUGGAUACAGCCUUCCAGUAGAUAUCUGGAGCUUAGGAUGCACAGUUCUUGAAAUGGCUACUUCUAAACCGCCCUGGAGCCAAUAUGAAGGGGUUGCUGCUAUAUUUAAAAUUGGAAACAGCAAAGACACUCCAGAAAUUCCAGAUUACCUAUCUGCUGAUGCAAAAGGUUUCAUAAGGCAAUGCUUGCAGCGGGAACCAUCUGCGAGGUCAACUGCAUCCAAGUUACUCUGUCACCCUUUUGUUAGAAAUCAAACAACAGCACGAGCCAAUGCCAAUAUAACAAGAGAGGCUUUUCCUCGAGCUUUUGAUGGAAGCCGCACACCGACUGCUCAGGAAAUGCAGUCCAGCAGAACGAAGAACAGCUCUUUCGAGUUAACCGUACCAAGAACCUUAAUAAGCCCUAGGGAUAACAUGAGAAUGAUAACAUCUCUGCCCGUAUCCCCCUCUUCAAGCCCGUUACGACAUGAUGGAGGGGCGUACAACAGCUUUUUCGUUUCUCCACCACACCCCUCUUAUCCUUAUGUUGGGCAAAGCAGUCAGAAUUAUAACGAUCACUCGAUAUUUCCAUUAAGGCCCAACUCAAGAACAUCCCUUGAUCCGUGGCUCGAAAUCCCACAAUUUAGAGCUCAAGCGCCGUCCAGAUCUCCAACGCGGAACAUACUAUAGCAAUCCAGAAAUGUGCUGGAAAACGCCAACCCCUGCAACGUACUCGUGGGAGGAUGAGCUGAUAAAUGGGGUGUGAAGCAGGCGAGUUUCGUGCUUCCUCAGAACAGGACAACAGGGCUCGAAUACGACGACCACGAGGUAGCCUCGCUGAACAUUGAGUAACCAUGGUACGUAACUCAAUUUGACAGUUCCGUUGGACGUAAUCUGUAUGAUGGCCAUGUAAAUAGAGAGAGAGAAAGAGAGAGAGAGAGAGAGCUCUUCUGGUGUAUGCUAUCAGAACACUGAUGAAGAAUGUUGGGAAUUUCAAAUGAAUUUUUAUAGUC